AGAGUAAGCCAUUCCCCCAUUCUAAUUCACCGCAAAGGCAAAGGGACCAACAACUCAAUAUAAAGUGUUAUCAUCUGGAAGGGCGCCGCUUGGUUCAAUUGUAGCAAAUACUGCUCAAGGUCCUACACGGGCAGGAGCCGCAUGUUGCGUUGAUAGGGUACAGGCCGAGAAAUCAAUGUGGCAGGGGAGGCGAUCGCAGCUGGAAGGGCCCUAGGAAAAAAGGUUCCCAAUUUUUUCUCGGAAAUACUGGGACCAAAGUCCCGAAGCUGGACCGAACCAUCCACCCUGCAACAAAAUUGUCGGUUGUGAUAGUACAUAAAUACCUUAGAACAAUGUACCCCGGUCGGGAGAAUUACCUCUACCAACAUCAUAUCAAGUACGAUGGCAUUCGACCUCAUCCCCUUCAAAGAGUCGUGGGUUGUUGGUCCACAAGACACUGAAUUCUACACACGCACUUACGACGUCCACCCAGCUUUACCUCGCCCUCAAGCACAUAUCAUUUACGUGCAUGGACACUCCGAACACAUUGGAAGAUAUGAACUCACUUUCCCUCAGUGGACUGCGAGGGGCAUCUCUGUCUUUGCUUUCGAUCAGAGAGGGUUCGGGCGAACAGUGCACGAUCGAUGGCAUAACGUGGCAACCAAGGGUGAAGAACUGAGCGAAGCACUGAUCGAGGAACGGUAUUCCGUUUCGAGCUGGGAGCAGCAAAUGAACGACCUUGCGUUUUUCAUUCGGCGUGAGAAGGACAGGGUUGGAGAUGUCCCUGUUUUCCUCGUUGGCUAUUCAAUGGGAGGUGGAGCGUCUCUUUCAUUCCCUUGUAGACCUCACCCUCACGAGGGAAUAGUCAAGUUAAUUAAGGGAAUCAUUGCUGUUUCGCCAUCGAUUGGUCCCGGCAUAAAGCAGGGACUCCUCACAGCUCCCGAUCAAGGCGACACCAUGGACAUAAACUGGGGGCUCCUUUCACAGUUCCUAUCAAAAGAUAACCGAGUGUCCUUGGCUGUCCGAGCGGAUCCGUUUAUAAAAUCGGUUUGCCAUGCAGGCCUUGCGAAGGAUAUCUGGGACAAUGGCGCUCAAUUAUUGGGCAAGCACUAUGACAGAUGGCCUGAGGACCUUCCUGUUCUCGUUGUCCACGGAAGUGGUGACAUCAUCACCUCUUACGCAGAUUCCAAGGCAUUUAUCGAAAAACUCAGGGCGAGCGAUAAGCGCUAUUCCUUGAUUCCCGGCGGUUUCCACGAGUUACAUCAUGAACCGGAUGGCGUAGGAACGAACUUUAUCAACGAGUGCAUAACCUGGGUGAUCACUCAUGCAUAAAGCUCUUGUGCCUUAGGUAAGAAUCGCGUGUGGUUGUGAUUGCACCGGUUGACAAGUGAGGGUUUUCGUGGUUCGAUGGCAAAGAGCCUCUUCAUGAUGGAAAUAGCUGUGAUAUCGCACUUCGGAAUAACCAUGGACUCUGGCC